GAAGCUGAAAAACAAGGAAGUGGAUGAUUGUGUGAAGCCGUGACCUGCACUAAGGCCGUGAGAAGAUACGCAGAGCUCCGUUUAAUCCGAUAUUCUUCAGCCUCUGGAUCAAAACACGACAAUGAACAACAAAGGUUCAUAUCCACAGCAGGCUGUGUACCCUCAGCAGAGCACUGCACCUGUAUACCCUCCUGCUAUGCAAAUGUCACCUCAGGCACCUCCUUACACAGACACACCACCUGCAUAUUCUGAGAUAUACCAGCCCAGAUAUGUGCUUCCACCUCAGGUGCCUGGACAGGUGCCUCAGAUGUCCUCUCCCUAUCCUGGUGCUCAGGUGUAUAUGCCCAUGCAGCCACCUAUGCCAGUUGGGCCAGUGGGUCAGAAUGUCCCCAUGGCUUAUUAUCCAAUGGGAGCCGUUUACCCACCUGGUUCAACAGUGAUGGUGGAGAGCGGCUUUGAUGCUGGUGCUCGCUUCACAGCCGGCAGCAGUGUUUCCAUCCCACCCCCACCGCCUGGACACCCCCCCAAUGCCGCUCAGCUGGCUGCCAUGCAAGGUGCCAAUGUUGUAAUGACACAGCGCAAGAAUAACUUCUUCCUGGGUGGAUCCAGUGGAGGUUAUACCAUCUGGUAACAGCAGCUCCUUCUUCAUGCCUAAACCAUGUCCCCAUCCCAGAUGAUGCCCCAGUUCUUCCCCCAUCCCAUAUGCCUCCCUCUUCAGGCUGCUUGGCCAUGCCACAAUACUGAUAUCACCUAACGGAAUGUAAUAUUUUAGAGCCCUUGUGAAAGGUACAGUACUCCACUUCUGACCUAGAGAUCAAAUGAUAAACACCA